AUGGGAAGGGAGCUAGUGAUGGCUUUGGUGGAACAAUUAAACGACUUGCAGCUCGAGCAAAGACCUAUGCCACCAGAGCCGAAGGAAAACCAAGUGCUUAUACGCAUGGGCAGUGUUGGGAUAUGCGGCUCAGAUGUACAUUAUCUGGUGCAUGGUGGAAUAGGCGACUAUGUGGUUAAGGGUCCCAUGGUACUUGGUCAUGAAUCAUCGGGCACAGUUGAAAAACUUGGGCCUUGUGUGAAAGACUUGAAAGAGGGUGACCGCGUAGCCCUUGAACCUGGCACACCGUGCAGAAUGUGUUCUUAUUGCAAAGAAGGUCGCUACCACCUCUGCCCUGACGUUAUUUUCUGUGCAACUCCGCCGGUUGACGGAACCAUGUGCCGUUACUACGUGCACACAGCAGAUUUCUGCCACAAGUUGCCAGACAGUCUGACCCUGGAGGAUGGAGCGCUGCUGGAACCGCUAUCUGUGGCCGUACACGCUUGCCGGAGAGCUAAUCUGUCCUGUGGCACCAGAGUCUUAAUUGUAGGAGCAGGACCCAUUGGCCUGGCCACCAUUUGUGCAGCCAGAGCGUACGGAGCGGUCAGGAUUGUUAUCACAGAUCUGAAUACACAUCGGCUAGAGAUUGCCAAGAAACUGGGGGUGGAUGCAACUGUCAGAGUCUGUGAAGGCAUGGAAGAAACACAAAUAGCGGCCGAGGUGCAGUGUCAGCUAGGGGGACCCGCCCAUGUUACCAUCGAGUGUUGUGGCACCGAAUCUUCCAUCAAGCAGGGCUUACUGGAUGUUUUAGACAUCCUGUUUGAGGAUUCAAACGCUCCUCAGGUUGAUGGAAUUUACACCACGCCUCCUGAUCCAGCAGUCCUCACGGAUGAGGAUUCGGGUGAUGAGGAUGAAUGA